ACCGCGACAACUCGCAUUGCCCGUAAGGCGCACGUGUGCUCGACCUGCUUUCCGACCACUCGCCCUCGGUAUACGAGACCCUUCCCAGACUAAUCGGAAGAGCCGGGCUUGAUGGUCCCCCCGCCGCCGCGCCGUCGGCUUCUCCAAUACCAAUACCAAUACGGAUACCAAUACCACCACCGCCGAGAGGGUGACAUUCAAACGCCGUCGGACGCUUGCUUGUCUGCCUAAUACACCGUACCUCGCACACCUGCGGAGAAGAGGCCAAUGGCCGCCCCACGUCCGCUAGAUGACACCGAUGAACCCCUACGCUGAUGUGUGUGUGUGCGUGUGUGUGUGUGGUGUGGUGACAUGCCACUUGCCUACAUACUUCACAUCUCCGGGCAUCCCCCUUCAACUACCUACUCACCGACAAAAACUACCCCCACGAAUGGGGAUUGGGAUGGAUGGAUGGCCGCAGCAAGAGUUCCCCCCCUGGGUUUUUCCUUCUCGAAGACAGCAUGGAACGCCAACUCAUCACACACACACACGCUAAUCUCCCACCCUGCGAUAGGGCAAACCCGGCCCUUGAAAGUCGAAAACCCUCCAUGCGACCCGGCAGCUUACAGGCGGACAGCCGCGGCCUGCAACCACAAAACGCCUGCCAGCUCAGUACGGUAUGUAUGUUUGCAGCACGACAGGGGUCGGUUGUUUCGUGGAGGAGUCGUAGGAUAGGAAAAUCAGAGUCUCCUCAGCUUCCCAGUACGGUUAUAAUAUUCCAAGACAUGGGAAUAGUCCCCCUCCUCCUCCCCCUCCAAGGAGGAUCCCCUUCCCAACCCAAAAAAAGGAGACUUGGCGUGCGGCGUUGCCGUCGUUAUUGCUGCUGCCGCUACCAAACCCGCCGUCCUGUCCAAACACAUCGUGACACCCCCCCCCCCCCGUCCCCCC